UCGAACUCAUGACCUCAGUGUUUAUAAAAUCCUGCCCUGCUGAGUAACUAAGAAACCAUGAAGUGUAGAAAAGAAUGAAUGUGACACCCUACCCUCACACAGCUCUAUCAAGGUGCCCUCCAGCAAGGCGCUCAGCCCAAUCCCCAACUGCUCAGGCCGCUCAGAAGCUGGCAGCCUGUGAUCAUCCCCUGUGGACAGCUUCCAGUGGACACCACUGCAUGUCAGCUCCUGCACCGUAAAUGGAUUGGGCUGCACGGCAGGUGUGAAUGUUGAAGGUUUCAUCUGCAUGAAACAAUCUGUGUGAAUAAAAGCAAACAGCAACACAAACCAUAAGUCGGUCAUUAUGUGAAAGAACAAAACAAAGAAAGAGAUUUUUUUUUCCAGCGACGCCAGUGUGAGAGCAGUCUGUCAGAGCAGCCUGUUAGCGGCACUGCAGAUGGACUAGAGCAGAGUCAGCUCCUCCGGCAGCAGUCUCACUCACUCUGCCACAUCCUCCCCCUCCUCACACACACACACACACCAUGGUCACAUCUCUCACAUCCUCCCGUCGCUACAAUUAACCCUCAGCGGCUGCGUUUAGACGCGACCUGACGAGGCUCUGAUCUGUUCUGUGAAAACCGUUAAGGUCUCCGUUCCCAGCAGCCGUGAAGGAGACAGCGAUGCGCCUUUUUCUCAGAGCCGUGCAGGACAAAGCCAUGAACCCCUGGCUGCUCUUCGCUCUCCUCGGAUUCUGCGCAGCAUUUGGACCCAGUAAGCAGGAAGAGGAGGACUAUGAAGAUGUUCCCAUCAAUAAGACCUGGGUCUUAUCGCCAAAGGUCUAUGAAAGCGAUGUGACUUUGAUCCUAAAUAAACUGCUGCAGGGCUACGACAACAAACUGCGGCCUGACAUCGGAGUGAGGCCGACAGUGAUUGAAACAGCUGUGUACGUCAAUAGCAUCGGCCCAGUGGACCCCAUCAACAUGGAAUAUACCAUUGACAUCUUCUUCGCCCAGACGUGGUAUGACAGCCGACUCAAGUUUAACAGCUCGAUGAAGCUGCUCAUGCUCAACAGUAACAUGGUAGGCAAAAUCUGGAUUCCCGACACAUUCUUCAGGAAUUCCCGCAAAUCGGACGCCCACUGGAUCACCACCCCCAAUCGCCUCCUGAGGCUGUGGAGCAAUGGGAGAGUCAUGUACACGCUGAGGUUGACUAUUAAUGCGGAGUGUUACCUUAAGCUGCAUAACUUUCCAAUGGAUGAGCACUCGUGUCCACUGGAGUUUUCAAGCUAUGGUUAUCCUAAGAAUGAGAUCAUGUACCGGUGGCAGAGACGGGCCGUGGAGGUUGCAGACCAGCGUUACUGGAGACUUUACCAGUUUGCCUUUGUAGGGUUGAGGAACACCUCUGACGUGGCACACACCCAGUCAGGUGAAUAUGUAAUCAUGACAAUCUUUUUUGACCUGAGUCGGAGAAUGGGCUACUUCACCAUCCAGACCUAUAUUCCCUGCAGUAUGAUUGUGGUUUUGUCCUGGGUCUCCUUCUGGAUCAACAAGGAUGCUGUCCCAGCCCGCACAUCUCUAGGUAUCACCACAGUGCUCACCAUGACAACUCUGAGCACCAUCUCCAGGAAGUCCCUACCCAAAGUUUCCUACGUUACCGCCAUGGACCUGUUUGUCUCCGUCUGCUUUAUCUUCACCUUCGCUGCCCUCAUGGAGUACGGCACUCUGCACUACUUCACCAGCAACAGACAGACCAAAAAGGCUAAAGCCAGCAAUAACGCACAGCAGAAAGCAUCCAGCAUGGUGAAUAUCCGACCUGGCACAUCCCUGCUGCAGAUGAACAACAUCGUGCCCUAUCACGAGGAGGGUGACUAUGCUUACGAGUGUUUGGAUGGAAAAGACUGCACCAGCUUCUUCUGCUGUUUCGAUGACUGCCGGUCAGGUGCCUGGCGUGAAAACAGGAUGCAUGUGCGUGUUUCCAAGAUUGAUUCUUACUCACGAAUAUUCUUCCCCACUGCUUUUGGCCUUUUCAAUCUGGUUUACUGGAUAGGUUAUCUGUAUCUAUAAAACCAGUACCUCAACAAAUAUUCUGAAUUCUGGAGUUUAACAUCUGCAAGCAUUUAACAAAAGCAGAGCUGCUCUUGUAGCUUGUUUGCCAUGUAUGGCAAAAAAGACAAAAAACAAAACUUAAUUGACAUCUGAAGACAGCUUAUGAAUGGCAGUGCCUUGUUUUUCUGUGCUCUUGAUGGCAAAUGAGUCUGUCAGUCAGUCUUUUUCUCAAUCUGUCUCACACCUUGUUCCAGAGCGUGAUAGGUCAACAGCUACUGGCCAUUAUGCCAUUCAGUACGUUUAUGACCUCACAUAACAAGGAAUCGAAAAUGUUCAAAGCUGAAUUUACAUGAAUUUUCCUGUAGGUAUUUAAGGCUGCCAGAGGAUUGAUUUUAUUUCCAUGAUCCUCAAAAUGCCAGUGCUACAACAAGAUAGUAUUCUGUUAGCCCUGAAAUGCACUUCAUAAGUAUUUUGGUCUAAGAAAAUCUAUAAUAAGUACCUGCCACUCUGAUUUCAUUUUCAUUUUUACAAACCCUUUGGCACCUAAUAUCAUCAAUCCUUCUAUCUAUUUUCAGCCACUUAUCAAGUCAGAUGCCUUUCCUUGUGAUGACAUUCUCCAGCUCACCAGUUUGAUCACCCCCAUGUUCCAAAAUUAAAUUCUGCAGUGCCCUCUUCAAUGCCUCUAAUGUAGAUAAAAAACUAGUGGCCAAUGUGCAAGCAAAUGUGCAUAUGUAACCAUUUCACACUAAAAUAAUCAUGAUCCUUUCAGUCUUAAAGAACAGUAGUUCUGCUUGUCUGAUAUCCUAUCUCUAAGGAUGUGUGCCCAGACACACUGCAAAGUAACACUUAUUUUGUCUUCUUUCGCCCACAAUAUCAUUCUUUUGGUCGUUAUCAAGGAGUCAUGCGCACAAGUGAGGAUUAGAAUGUAGAUCGACCAGCAUAUUGAGAAGUUUCAACUUCAGGCUCAUCUCCCACUUCACCAAGUCAGUCUGGCUCACUCACAAGGUCCUGAAAUACUUGAAGUCCUUCCCUUGUGUCACUGACUCACUCCAAACCCAAAGGGGCAAGACAAAAUACGGAGAUUCAUGAUUCGGUGAUGGCUCUCUUAUUGCACACUUACUCUCAUUCUUUUUCUUAACGAAGAAAACAUCCAGGUACAUUUAGUCCUCAGUUUUAUCUAGCAUGCUAUUGCUUUUGCUGAUUAAAAAAAACGACACCAGUGGAAAAAUAUCAGCUGUAGGGAACAAAUGUUAAUUCCACAACAACCACACAACUUGCAGAUGUUAGAAUUUAAAUCUCACUGGACUAAAUAAGGAUUUGAAAGGAAUCUGAUUAAACAAGUAGAUUUGGUAUUGGACUGGGAUUUGUUAACAUGCUGUCAAACCCUAACCCUACCUAUCGCAGCUCUGAACCCGGAAAAUGUUUGCACAAGUAAAACUCCAGUCUAUACAGAGGAGAUAUUGCCAUCCAACCUAAAAAAAAAGCCCAAUGUUUGUUUACUCUUUGCCACCGUGCUAUUGAUUUUGAGAGAAGCAGGAAAUAGGAUAUGCAUUGCACUUUGCAGCUGUAGUACAGAAUAAAGGGGUAUUGCUGUCUUCAAGGUAUAUUCCCUGGUUUUCUUAAAGGCCAAUUUUUCGUAUGACUUCAACUCAGUUGAGUUUCAAAAAUCACUUGAGAUUUAAAACAACAAUGAGUUUUUGAAGGGAUAUGGGAGUACCAUUGGUUAUAACAAUACAACCGUGGCACAUAUCUUCAUAUUUUUGAACUACUUGUUCUUAGGGUUCAAUUUUUUCUAGGGAAAAACCUCAAAUCAUUAUGAUAAGUGAGGUGAAACUGGAGCAGCCCCUGCUCAGAAGCUAUCGCAUGGAAUGAAUUUGUAACCUCCGUCGAACGUUGAAUUGUCAUGAACAAUGAUGGUUGUGUUUCUAGCAGCCAAAUUUUAUACUUCAAUGUAUCAUAAGGUAUAAAAAGUGACAGAAAUAUCACUGAUGCACUGUUCAGGCAAAUGUGCUUACAUUCUGAAAUUCAAAGUUCCCAGCUUGAAACUGUACAUGUCCUUCUAGAAAUGGUUUGAGAAAACAACGUCCUUUACUAUACAGCUCAUAAAUUACUUGAAUUUCCUUUUAUACAGUUCUCUUGCUUGUAGAGUCACUAUGUGGAUAGAAACCCAAGAAUAUUUCCAGCAACAUCUUAAAAUUAUUCUACCAUUUAUAGUAUAGUGUAGGAAUUUCAGCUGUCAGUAGCAAUCAAUAUCAUAAAACAAUUAACUAUGACAGACUUACGUUUAUGCUUACUUUAACAAAUGUGCAAAUCAGAAGAUGUCAAACCGUGGCCAUGAACCCUUGCCUUUAUUCAAGAAUAUAUCAACCAUUACUUUCUUUAUUAAUUUUAGCGACUGAGUAAUUUCAUGUAAAUAGUAUUUAGGAAAAAGAUGCAGCUUUCAGCCCUAAAAAACCUGUAGUCUUUUUUGAUCUUCUAGUUAACCAGCAGUAUCCUGUGCAUUCAUGCGGACUGCUAGAUCGCUGGCAUUUUUGUGAUAUUGUCAAAACAAAGAAAGAAAGAAAACUACUAUUUACAAAUGCUACGUCAAUAUUUUCCAUUAAAUAACGGCAGACAAGAGGUCUUUGAACAGUUCACAUACACCAAAGAAACUGUCAGAUACAAUUUAUGUCCUGUAUAAAUGUCACGUUACGCAUCAGUCGUAAAUGCAUCAAGUUUCCUCAUAUGUAAGACAUCAAAUACAGAACAGUCUGAACCUAAUCAACAGCUUUGUCAAAAUGCCAAAUUUCAAGGUAACGUUAAUAAACAUUUCAGAAAAAAUAAUGUCUGAGGCGUCUGUACACAAGUAGUUUUCAACCAUGCAGUUAUCCAACAAGGAAUGUACUGAAAGCCACAUCAAUCUAUGCAAACAUGAGCAUUGCUGCAGUUGUUCUUUUAGAGUGAUAAUUCUUAAUUUGGUCCAAACAAGGGAUGUACAAUUUUUAAAAUUAUUUUGAUUGAAUAAUGUUUUUAAAGAAAUAGCAGAUAAUUUGUUUCCACUAUGAUUUUCUGCACCAAUAGAAAUGUGACUUAUAUAAUACAUAUAAUAUUUCACAUCAUCAAAAGGUUGUAUAUCCUUUGUCUGCACCAAAAUGACUUUGAGCAUUUUUCUACUUCAUAUGCUUUGUUCACUUCCAAAUCACGAUUAAACCAGUUUUUAAGAUAAGACAUACCACAGCACACUUGCAAAGGAAGAAGGUGGAAACAUUUUUUUUUUCAUGUGUCUCUCUGCAAUAUUGAUGUACUUUGUACACCUGAUGCAACUAAAUGAGUAAAUACCCAAGAUCACAGUUAAAAAAAAAAGAUUUUAUAAUAUUUUCAGUAAAAUCUGCUGUUUACAUGUUGCCUUGAUAAAUUUAGCAUAAAAGUAGCCUACAUUUCCACAGCUCCAGUUCCACUAGUGCUGACCACUCGGCUCUUCUCAGGAGCUCCUUUACACAACUUGUUCAAGGCAGGAAUUUUGCGCAGUUAGUUUGUUCUGCAUAAUAGGGACGGAGACAGAACACUUUAAGCUGGCAUGGGAGGUAGUAAGUGUUUUUUGGUUCCAUGUGAAAAAGUAAAGCCAAUGUGAUGACAUGUUUUUCUUAGAGCAGUAUUGAGGGAUGUCUGUAUAAAAAGGGCUAAGUUCUCCUCUUAAACACAUUUACUGCCCUGACUCACUAAAUACAUGCAGUUCAGCUUUGCAAUUUUUACAAUAAUUGUUUGAAUCUUUCCCCAUUUUAUUAUGAAAUGGGCGGAAAAUAAAUCCAACAUUGACAUAAACUGACAAAAGUAUAAACGGAAAGUAAUUUAAACGCACUGAUUAAAGUCUAAUAGAAUAAAACACUUAAUAUAACUUUCCGUUGCUUUUAAAAGAGAAAAUGAGGCCAGCUGAGUGGUGAGCUUGGCAUGUCUCUUUCGCUGAACUGAUGAAAUUAGUGCUGUGGAAAUAAAUUUACUCUCUGUGAAAACUGCCCUUCGGUAUUUUCUUCUUCUUCUUUUUUUUGGUAACACAGAUUUCAUUAGGAUUUCAUUAUUUUUGGCACCAGCUUUCCAAUUACCAGCUUUUCACACUGAGAAUUAGACCAGCUUAAAUAUCCAUAGUGUAAACUCUGUCCACACACUACAAGGCUAUUGGAUACUUACCCAGUGGCUGUAGAGAAUAAUGAUCAUCACAUGAUCAUCGGUGUUUCGCUUCACUACAGUAUGAUUGAGCUUUGAGUCUCUACAGACAAAACACUCAAAAGUUCCUCUUACCAGCUGCCCCACCCUCAGCAGAAGAGAACCCCUUCGUCUACCUGCUUCAAGUCACAUUAUUAUUUAAAGCAACACUGUAACUUUCUGGAGAAGGUUAAUUGAUUGUUCAGUCUCAUUUCCAGGUCGCUUGGGUUGGUUGCUCAGAAGCGACCCAACCCAAAGAGUCUAUAGUUGAUGAUUUUGGAAUGAAACUCAACAAUGAACUAUCUUUCUACAGAAUUGCUUUAAAAGUUACAUAACGUUGCUUUAAACUGCUAGGAAAAUCAAAUUCAGAUCACAGAACAAAAAGACAAAUACUCUUCUAAUGUAGCAUUUAUAGCAGGCUUGGUAGACCUGUUGAUACUGUACCAAAAGGAAAUUCUGUAGAUACAUGAGUUGCAACAUAUUGACCUGAUGGUCAUCAAGACAGUGCUUUUAAAUAUUGCAUUUUAAUGUAGUGUUGGUCAAAUAUAUUGCUAUUCUAAAGAUACUUUUGUUUUUAAAAUGCAUUUGCUCAUAUUUUGGGGGAAAAAAAAAAUCAAAAUUACAAAGUGAAUAUGCUUAACAUUUG